AUGGCUCCAAGAUCGCGCAAUCCUUUUGGAUUUAGUCCCUACGUCGUUACCUUCUGGACCGUCGUCGUCUACGCCGGCCUGUUCGCCGCCCUCAUUGUCAACCAUCAUGUCCUCCCGCCAGCCCCGAACACUCCCACUCCGCAUGACUGGCCAGGCGUCAACAUAACCCAGGCUUGGGAUGACCUCGAGCACCUGAGCAGUGCUUACCACCCUUUCAACAGCAAGGACAAUGUUGCCGUGCGCAAGUGGUUACUCGCCCGCGUUGGAGACAUACUCGAUGCCAACAAGGCUGAAUGGAAAGAGGCCGCCCAACACACCAAGGCUGCUCUGCCUGUCACUGUCUUUGACAAAGAUGUCAGCAAUGUGACAUACACCGACCCCAGAGGCUACACUGUCUACUACGAGAGCAACAACAUCAUGGUCUAUGUGAGAGGCGCAGAAGACUCGGAUGACGAAUGGUGGCUCAACAAGACCACCUACACUGGUCCUAGUGGUGUCCUUGUCAAUGCCCACUUUGACUCUGUUAGCACCGGAUUUGGUGCCACAGAUGAUGGUGUUGGUGUCAUUUCAGUACUGCAGUUACUAUCACACUUCACCAANAAGGAUAAUCAGCCUCAUCGUGGUAUUUUGUUCCUUCUGAACAACGGCGAGGAGGAUGGCCUCUACGGUGCAAAGGCCUUUACACGUCAUCCUCUUGCCCAAUUCCCUCGUUCCUUCCUCAAUCUUGAAGGUGCUGGUGCUGGUGGCAGAGCUACUUUGUUCAGAAGCACUGAUACCGAGGUAACCAAGUUCUACUCCAAGAGCCCUCAUCCCUUUGGCAGUGUCAUCAGCGGAGAUGGCUUCAAGAGAGGUCUGGUGAAAAGCGGAACAGAUUACAGCGUCUUUGUUGACGACCUGGGUAUGCGUGGCUUGGACGUAGCAUUCAUGGAGCCUCGUGCCAGAUACCACACUAACCAAGACAAUGCUAGAGAGACCAGCGUUGAGAGUUUGUGGCAUAUGCUCUCUGCUGCUCUGACCACCGUGCAGGGCCUUUCGAGCGACACCAGUGAUCAAUUUGAGCGUCCUUCAGACCAUGAGAGGUAUGGCAAGACCGACAAAGCAUCCGGCAGUACUGGUGUCUGGUUCGACCUGUUUGGACGUGCGUUCGCAGUCUUCCAAUUGCACACUCUGUUCGCGCUUUCCGUGACACUGCUCGUUGCAGGACCAAUUUUCCUGAUCAUCUUCGAUGUUACUCUCCACAAGACUGACAAGUGGUAUUUGUUCUCUAGAAAGAGAUAUCUUCAUUCCUCAGAUGAUGAUGAGGCUGUCAAAUUCUAUGGCUGGAGAGGCUUCUUUAGAUUCCCUCUGAUCUUCGUCGUCACAAGUGGCAUUGUUGUAGCGCUCGCGUAUCUUGUCACCAAGGUCAACCCACACAUUGUGUACAGCUCCGAGUAUGCCAUCUGGAGCAUGAUGCUCACCGCGUGGCUUUCUGCUGCGUGGUUCCUCUUCCGCCUUGGGGAUGCAGUUCGGCCAUCUGCACUUUCCCGCGCUUAUGUGUUAAUUUGGCUCUACGCUCUUUCCUGGCUUGCCCUGGUGGCUGCAACCAUUGGUGAGCAGCGACUGCACCUUGGAUCUGGCUACUUCCUGGUUAUUUACAACGCCGCCGUCUUCUUGGCAUUGUUCAUCUCCUACCUCGAGUUCUUCGCGCUGCCCAAGAAGAGUGUUUACGUCGAGCAGGCCGCAUACGCAUCGCAAAGUGUUCUUCCGAGCCCUACGCGCAGCAACAGUCUCGUUUCCCACAAUGUUGUAGACCACGACGAUACUUCUAGAGGCAGAGCACCGCAUGCGAACGACAACGAAGACGCAGAUGAACGUACCUCACUGCUUGGUUCAAGACAGACCUUCACGCGCUACGGCCGUGAAACUCGUCGACCUGACGACAACGAUGAUGCUGCAGCCUCUGUGCACUCACCUCUCACAAGUCAGGCAUAUGAGGGUGAGCAGGCUUGGUCUGGCAGUCUUCCAAGCUGGACCUGGCUUCUCCAACUCCUUAUUCUGGCACCCAUCAACCUGAUUUUGAUCGGUCAAUUGGGACUGCUAAUGACCUCGGCUCUGCAUCAGACACCUGCUGAUGGUAGCCCCGUUCUGCUUGUCUACCUGCUGAUUGCUGCCACAUCAGUGCUGCUGUUGCUUCCUUUGACGCCCUUCAUCCAUCGUAUCACCUACCACAUCCCCACCUUCCUCAUGUUCGUCUUUAUCGGUACUCUGAUCUACAAUCUCGUAGCCUUCCCCUUCUCUCGCACCUCCCGACUCAAGGUCUUCUUCCUUCAGCAGAUCGAUCUCGACCAUGGCAACAACUCCGUCGCGCUGACCGGUCUAUCACCUUACCUCGAGUCCAUCGUAUCUCAAGUGCCAUCGGCCUCGGCAAACGGCUACCACUGUGCAGGCCCCGACUACAAAUUCUGGGCCUUUAGAGCAGGCCUUGACAGCUGCUCCUGGACGGGUCCCGCUCCCAACGUUGUUCCUACAGCAUACAAGCCCCAUCAACCAGGCAUGCCAUACCCCAACGACACAAUCUCGCUGUCAUUGGCUCGCAGACAAGCUCAAAACGCCAAAUACGCCACUUGGCUCGACUUCAACAUCACUCGUCCUUCGUCGUCCAACGCAACAAAACGCGACUAUGUGUUUGACGUCCGCGGCUCCAAUACUCGCGCCUGCCGCUUGUAUUUCUCUGCNUCCUUUGCAAACUUGAGUAUCAGCAAUGCAGGUGCCAAGCCCGAAGCCAUGAAACCCGGUCGUCGCGAUGGAGAACAGCGAGUGUACCUAUACAGCAGAGAUUGGGAUGCCAAGUGGAGUGUCAACGUCACCUUUGACCGCGAAGUAGAGAAGCAAUAUGGUGGUGUUGAGGGUAAGGUUAUGUGUGUCUGGAGUGAUGCCAACCAGGUAGGCAAUGUGCCUGCUUUCGAUGAGGUUAAGCACUUUAUGCCUGUGUGGAGUGCUGUUACCAAGAACAGCGAUGGUUUGGUUGAAGGCUACAAGCACUUCAGCCUCUGA